AUGCAAUAUCAUCGCCCACCUCUGAUUGGCUCAAAUUUUCAACCCAAUCUCCGACCUCUGCCUCUACCGAAUCCCAUACACCAUCACAGAGAAACUCCAAUGGCUACAAAUAAGCCGUCAAGUUCCAAUUUGGAGGAUUUGAAUAUAUAUGGGCAAUCAACGAUGAUCGAAGGCGGACUACUGGAAUUCUGUCGCCCUCCUCCCAAGCAACUUCAAUUCAAGCCAGUUAGGCCACUAUCAUCCCAACUGCAGCCAUUCUGGGGUGCCAAUGGGAGCAUAGUCUUCGUUGAUGCGCGAGCAAAACUUUUCUAUACACCGGCGCAAGUGCGUGAACUAUAUAGGGACAGACCACAUUCGCCUAUGAGAACUACCUUCCGACCUCCAAAUCAACCUCCUCCACGGCAACCUCCAAGGCCACCAUGGUUCGUGCAGGCAGCUAUUUAUGUCAAUACUGAUGCAAAUUAA